AUGGCGGAUUUUGUUAAGGUCUACACCGCGGUACCAGAGCAGCUCUUGGCUCUUUUGACUAAUCAACUGCCCUACUCGCUACCCCUCCUUCGACGUCUUCAGUUUACCAAGUUUGAAAAUGGCCUACGAGAGACAGCAAGAGUCAUUCUGGCAUCAGAAUCUCAAAUUGAGGAAGGGGUAGACUUUCCGAAAAGAUUCACUGCGGCCUAUAUCGACGUCGGCGGUGGCCCUGACACGCAAAUGUGGAUAUACUCGACCCUCGAGCAUCCUGAUGAUGCCGACACUAACGACACGGCUAUCUAUGAACACCAGCUUCAAAAGAUAAUCGAGAAGAGUGUCGUGAUAGCAAAAGAUUAUGGGCGUCCACUCGUCUAUGGCGAUGCUGUCUUGGUUGGAACAUUGCACGACUCAGUCCGAGAUCUACUCUCCAAGACAGGCCGAGUUCAGGCUCGUGAAACGGGGGCAUAUGACAAAUGGCUCUUCAAGUACGAGGAUCUACCAAAGGAAGAAAUAGCUUUACCCGAGGGCAUGCAUUGGGGAACGGCAACAGACGAUGACUGCCGAGUUGUCAUCUCCCGAACCAAUAUCCCGAGAACAGUACAAGUCCUUAGACGCAUGCCAAGCUUGGUAAUCAAGCUUGAUGACGGAACGCCUGUCUCCUGGGCUUUUCUGGGGUUCGAUGGCUCACUAAUCAGCCUCCACUGCGAGGAACCGUUUCGUCGACGUGGUCUUGCCAAGACGCUUGCUGCGAAGUUGUUUCGUGAAAAGUCUCUUGACUUUGCUGAUGACGGCUGGUGUUCUGCUGAUGUGGCGCCAGACAAUGAUGGAAGUCGAGGAAUGUGCAAGAGAUUGAAUGGAAACCCGACUUGGAGGGUUUCAUGGGUGUUGCUGUUUGUCGGAGAGAAGCCGCCCAGUGAAACCAAUGGUGCCAAGAACGCGUAA